AUGACGGAACAUGGGACCACCGAACCUCAAUCUCAUGAUCGUGAGCAAGCUAUCAAGGACAUGCGAGCUUGCAUCGAGCGCCUCGAAAAAGUCGUCGAGGAUGCCGUCGAGGCGAAGAGCACCGUCACUGAUGUUCUCGAGCGCCUUAAGGGUGCUGGAGCAACACAUAAGGAGGCUGAGGAUUUCGGGAAACAGUUCAUUCAGCUGUUCAAAGCCCGACAUGGUAGCGUCGAAGGUCCGGGAUCUCAACAGAUUGAGGGGGAACGUGAGGGUACCCCUGAGGGUCUCAAUGAGGACGAAGCUGCUGAGUUCCGACGGAAGCGUGAUUCCCUCCUCGGAGAGCAGCCCCAGGGCAAUGAAGAGGAAGCUGCCCGACGCCGCCGCGCUGUCGACGCUGCUGAGUGGCAGCUUGUUUUGGUGAAACUUGCUACCGUGGCGGCGAGGCCCGAUUCUUCAGCUGGGAAAGGAUCCUUCUCGGAGCUCCUCAAAAUCUUUGACAGAUCCAGUGCAUCUACAUCUCGGUCAAUCCCCUCGACGGUUUUGGAUGGUGCUCCGCACCUACGGAACCUAUCAUCCAACGCUAUCAAGGACCCUCACCUGGACGAAACAUGGAGACUCCGACUCCUUUUUGCUGGAAAAGAGACCAUUGACAGCAUCGUCGACCAUCUUCAAGCCCAGCCUGUUGAUCAACCACUCCCUCGCUCCAUCUGGAGAUUGCUUGUACAGGACCAAUAUGUUGAUUUCGAGAAGUUGUUCGCCUCGAUGGAUCCAAACUACAAUCACAAUGAUGAUCCGAAGGAUUUUGGGGGUGGUUUUGCUCUUGUCAAGAAGGAGCUCGCAACCGCUAAAAAGACCCUUUGGACUGAAGCCGAUUGGAUUCGAGUUUUCGCUGCCUGGCGCGAAGGAACCAUCCUCCUCUAUCCUCAUCGACUGGAAGAGCUCCAAGCCUAUUCCCGCCUGGUCUCUGAUGUUUUUCGCGCCUGCCCGAAUGAUCCUUCAAAUGGCAUAUGCUUCGACCUCGAAAGCCAUCAACGUUAUGCGAAGAGUCCUUAUCGGCUGGAUGACAAGGCCCAAUCAUUUGUGUCGAUCCUGGGUCAGGUUUUCCAUGGGACGAAGAGGCAGUCUGAUUCGUCUCUGGAUGGCCGGCUUCCACCAAAACAUCCAACAGUUCCUUGCUAUAAUUGUAACUUGGUGAGUGUGGUGGUCAGCACUGAGCAAGAGACGUCGCGGCGUGCUAUGCUGCUUUCCAAACUCGCAGAGGAAAAGGAGCUCGCUCUGGCAGCGCAGAGGGUGGCGGACCUAGCAGCAGUGGGGCCUAAGCAGUUCGUCAAGACAGAUGCGAAUCUCAAGCGUCCGGCAGCAGCGCCCCUGGAUGUACCACCUCGCUAUCGCCGCGGAUUUGUCUGGUCCAACUCUGCUUCUCUCUGUGAAUCUCCGGCCACUCUUUUAACCUUAUCUGCUCCUCCUUUGCCAUCUCCACCUUCUCAUCUCAUUGAUGACCCUGCACUCAUCUCUUCUCUUUCUGCAAUGCAAGGCUUUGUCAAGGUUGACACCCCAUUCAACGUUGAUCGCCUUGAAUCUCUUCUAUCCGAUCACCCCAAUCGUCCUUUUGUCGACUCAGUUAUCCGUGGCCUUCGUGAAGGUUUCUGGCCAUUUGAGGAUGGGGACUGGGAUAAGGAUGCUACCGAACCCUUGUCCAACUUUGCAUCUGAGGUUGAAGACCUUGAUGCCAUUCGAGCCUUUCGCGACAAAGAACUCGCUGCGGAGAGGUGGUCAGACCCACUACCAAUCACAGAUCUUCUUCCGGGGAUGAUGUCGUCGCCCAUGUUUGUGGCAUGGCAGAAGGAAAAACCCCGUGUCAUCACUGACCAUUCAGCUUCAGGUCUGAACGACGGUAUCCCAAGAACCGAAGCAAAAGUGCACUAUGAUGACAUGCGCACCUUUGGACAGAUCUUGUUUAAUGCUCGACUUAAGAAGCUUGGCAUUGAAGGACUUCUCGUCUACAUGGACGACUUUUACGGUUGGGAUUUCGCCGACAACCUCAUCAAAUUUCGUGGUCGUCGCCGCCCCCGUCGGCAGGUUCUAUUGCUCACAUUCUGGGAAGCUAUCGGAUGCCCGUAUGAGGACAGGAAGCAAGAGGAUGGUGAUUGUCUAAAAAUCAUUGGUUUCUGGGUUGAUCCCAAUCGUGGUAGCAUCUCACUUCCCCCCGAUUCCGUUGACACCAUUGUGACACACAUUACCUCCUUCCUCGCUCAUCCCAAAUGUUCGCCUAUUCUCCAUGAUUGGCAGCGGCUUGGUGGGCACCUGAAUUGGCUCUUUAAUGUGCUUCCAUGUGGGCGGCCUGCACUUUCAGGGUUAUUCCGAAAGAUACGAGGAAAGACUCACAGCUCAAGCCCGGUUUUCCUGAACCGAACAGUUUGCAAAGAGCUGACAUGGUUGGCAGGUGUCAUUCGCCAUGCUAUUGGUGUUCACUUCGUGGAUAGUCUCAACUGGACGGACGACAAGGCUGACAUUGUUCUCUGGAUGGAUGCAAGUCUCCGUCUUGCCUUGAGCUUUUACUAUAGUGGUAAUGGGUUUGUGUACCAACUCCAGCCACCUCCUCCUGGUACUGCCAUUGACAUCUUCUUCCUCGAGCUGAUCGCCAUUAUGUCAGCCAUCUUCCACGUUGCGUCUUUUAAAUCUCCACCACGUCGCAUUCUUCUGUUUACCGACAGUUUGGAUGCGGUUGGACUGCUCAACUUGCUUGCGGCAUCUGAAGAUCAGCACAAUGCACCCCUCUUAGGUAUCGCAGAGGUUAUUCUGACCUCAGGUGUUGACCUUCGUGUCCGUCAUAUUCCUGGAAAGGAUAACAUUCGCGCUGAUAUGCUUUCACGUCUCCUCCUUGAGGACUUUCAUCGGCGUUUCCCUGCAGACCGUGUCCAGCUCUUUGACCCUCCAAGGGUCCUCCUGCCAGCGUGUUGGAGGGAGUGCUUUUAG